AUAUAUUACAUUUAAUUGUUUUGUCAAUAAAAUUUUUUAGUUUUAUAUUUAUUAAUAUUCUUUUUUGAAGUUAAAUUUUAAUUGAGUAGAUAAUAAUAAUAAUUAUUAUUGUUAUUAUGGCCAAUGAAGAAGGAUAUGAACAGUUCGAAGAUGAAGAGACAGACGUCCCAAUUGGGACUUUACCAAGCGGUCGCAAGCGCUUGUUCUCAAAAGAAUUGCGCUGUAUGAUGUACGGAUUCGGUGAUGAUCAAAAUCCUUACACUGAGAGUGUAGACUUGUUGGAGGACCUGGUUAUUGAAUACGUAACCGAAACAACACAGCGAGCUAUGGAAAUUGGACGUACCGGACGUGUCCAAGUUGAGGACAUUGUCUUUUUAGUUAGAAAAGAUCAAAGGAAGUACGCCCGUGUGAAAGAUCUGCUGACAAUGAACGAAGAAUUGAAGAAAGCUCGAAAAGCGUUUGAUGAAGUUAAAUACGCAGGUACUGUUAACCAAUAAAUAAUAAGUUAUUGUCCACUUAUUAUUAUUUAACGCUCCCAAGUACAUUUCAUGGCAUGUACACGACUUAUUACACCUUUUAUUUCAUUUUAUGUAUUUAAUUAUAAUGUAAUGAUUUAUUUCUAAGCAAAAUUGUUCUUAGCUUUAAUUGUAUUUUUAUUGGAAUGUGUAAUAUAAAAACUAUUCAAUGCAUUUCCAUUGCAGCAA